ACGUGGCCCAGGUGAGGGAGGGGCCCAGACGCGGUUCACCUGGCUGGGCAGGUAAUGCCAAGGCGGGGCUGGGGGCAACGAUUUCCCAGGAGGGGGAGAGAAGGACGACCCUCGGUGUGGGGAAAAAGUGAGCUCGCCCCCCCCCUCCUCGGGGCCCCGGAGCGGCUGGAGGCCUUCCGCCAGGAAGUCGAGGCAAGCUUGGCCCAGGUAACGCCGUGGGUGACACUUCCCCCUUGGAUGCUUCGCUGCCUUCCUCCGCCUGUGCAGCGUUUCCCACCCCCGGCCCAGUUUGGGGGGACUCUUUCGUCGCUGCGCCUCUUUUUGCCCCCGAGGAUCCCUCUGACUCUGGGCAGGAGACCGGAGGCCAGGCCAACUCCGAAGGGCUGGGCCAGCGAAAGUUUGACAUUUGCACCGCCGAGGGUCGCCGGCGCUGCGGAACAGACUUGCAUAAUGGCCAAGUUCAGGCAGCACACUUAACCCUAAUCCCUAGUUAACAGCAUGCAAUUGGUACGUCCAGAUAAUGUGCUAAGCCUUACAGGUAAUCCUCAACGUACGACUACAAUUGGGACUGGAACUUCCAUCAUUAAGGUCUUCUGUCAUGGAGGAAGCAGCUCCUUAGGUCCUCAGUGAUACCAUAAGAAGGCAAAGCAAAAGGUCUUUUAGGGGUGGUGAGUCAUGCUGGGAAAGAGACAAGGGCAUUGCCAAAACAUAAGCCAUCUCCAUCGGCCUCCUCAGGAUGUCACAGUCCCACAGAGGGUCAGUUCUCCUAAGACAAGUGAUAUUGGCCUGGAAGUCUUUAACGGCUCAACCUCAGAGCUUAAAUACAUUCGCCGGCCCAGGCGCGAUAGAAGAGCCUACAAAGCUGAUUCCAAAGAUUCCCACGGAGGGGAAGGAGAGACAAAUACCUUCAUCCCUAGACCUGCAGAAAGUUCCCCACCCCCAUGCUGUCCCAGUCUUUCUCAGGUCUGGAACACCUCCAAAGCCAUCUUCUGCUGCCUCAUAACCUGUGGGAGCUGCUUCAAGGACUGUCGAGCCAGCAUCUCAUACAACAGUACCCUGACAGAGGAUGGGAAGAACCAGGAGUGCAAUGGACGUUCAACUAACAGUCCAGCCAACAGCUCCCCCAAUGAAAAGAACGGUAGCCGAACUGGGAAGAGUACAAUGGGAAGCAGUUUUAGCUACCCUGAUGUGAAAUUGAAAGGGGUCCCGGUCCCGCUUUACCCAAACCAGAACCCUAGCUCUGCCACAGACUCUGAUUCAUGUUACAAGGAACCUUUGACGGAUAGGUUCCCUCAACCCAGCAUUGAGAAGCAGCCUGCCCCUACAAGCCACCGAAGCUCUGAGGAACAUUAUUCCUUCCACGAGUCUGAUCUUGAGUUUGGUGAGCUGAACAGCUCCAUGUCCAGUAGGGAGAUUGAUGGCCUCAUCUUCAGGAAACUCACGGAGCUUUUCAGUGUCCAUCAGAUUGAUGAGUUGGCCAAGUGCACCUCCGACACGGUCUUCCUGGAGAAGACCAACAAGAUCUCAGACCUCAUCAACAGCAUUACUCAGGACUACAAUUUGGAUGAGCAGGAUGCCGAAUGUAGGCUGGUCCGGGGCAUCAUACGCAUCAGCACACGCAAAAGCAGGGUCCGACCCCGUGUUCUUGCCCCAAAUCUCCCAAGUUCAGGGGAGAUCACAAGCCGAGGCAACCCCCUUCAUAGUGGCAAUGAGACUAUGCUGGCAUCUGUCCUCACUAGUGAAGAAGAUUUACCUGUUCAGAUAUCGAUAGAAACGACAGCAGAUACGCAAGCCAGAAACAUGAGGCAAGGUGCCUACAACAUAGCAGGAUCCCCGUUAAGUAGAGGUUCUUCUUUUCAAGAUACAGAGACAGACUCAUCUGGAGCCCCUCUGCUUAAAGUGUAUUGCUGAGAAACGUGGACCUUGCGAAUCCCCAGAAGCAGUGAGGCCUUUAAGUCAGCCUCUCCAGAGACCAGUUCAGAAGUGAUGGAUAUUGGAGUCUGAUGCAAGCCAUCAUCAACUGUGCCUUCCAAGGAAUACUUGAUUUCUCUUGCCAUUUUCCAAGGUUGAUCCCGCUGUAAAUUUGCUUUAAGGUGACCGACCAUUGGUGCUUUUUGAUAAUUUCCUAGGCAAUGUUGCUCUCUGCUUCAGAUGUGAACAGAAGUGAUGAAGCAAUUACAGCUUUCUGGCUCCAUUAGGAAAUAAAAUUUGACUCAUGUCUAUAAAAAUGUCAUUUGGGAUCAAUAAUAUUGAUAUAAAGAAGUGAGGUAUCA